CUCUUACAAGCUUUUCUCUCCAAAUACUUUACACACAGAAAAUGGGUUCUUUUCAAAGCUUAUGCUGGAUUAUUAAUUUGAUGAUUUCCCUCGUAGUUCUGGUUCCGACUAUUAGUCGAAGGGCUCGUUUAAUCCUGGGGGAAGAUUUCCGUUCACCGGAAAUACUUUCAGAGGACAGCGUUUACGCGACUCGAGCCACGGUGUUUCUUGUUGUUAUGUUUUGCAGGACUUUCUCCGUGUUGGCGACACAAGUGUUUUGAACCUGCGGUAAUAAAAUUAGAACAAAGUGCUGCCAUGGAAGAACUAAAGAAGAUGAUACCCAGGAACCGCCAUGCCGCCGCAAACUGCCGGAGAGGAAGGAUGAAGCUCUUAGCCUGAGUAAUCUCGUGUUUCAGUCGGCCAAACUGGGACAGCCAGGAGCAAGUGAAGAAGUCAAAUUCCCAACAAUCUCUGAAAGUAUUAACGGACGAGGAUCACUGUUGUGAUCCAUGUCAUCUGCGCUCCUGCGAUUCCAAGUAAAAGGGCAGCUGCAAUGUUUGCUUACAUGCCCACUACGCAGUCUGGUAUCUCUUUUAAUCAUUUUGGUUUCAUUAUUCUUAUACUGCCAUAUUCGAAUUAUACACUACCACAUUUGGAGUGUACCGUACUCUGCCUGUAUUAUUUUAUCUCAAUUUGUGAUAAUUUUAAUUGUUACCCUAUUCACAAUAAGCCUUGGUUUAAUCCCACUUAUUAUAAUUUAUGUCAUUGUAUGUGAUAGAAAGACAACUAUGAGAAACAAUAAUCCACUUAAAUCAAAACUAAAAUUGAUUAAAAGUGAUGAAAAUUUUAUUGCAGUUGUUUCUCAAAGUUGUAAAAUAAAUGAUGUGAAUGAAUGGUUGGUAGACUCCGGGGCCACCAAGCACAUUUGUAAAAACAAAAGUGCUUUUACCUCCUAUAGUACUACUAUGGGAGAUGAUGAAGAGCUCGUGUACCUAGCGGACUCAAAAACCGCAAAGGUGCAUGGUAAAGGGAAAGUUCUUCUUAAACUCACAUCGGAGAAAACUUUAUCACUAAAUGACGUACUUUAUGUGCCUGAGUUUCGGACUAAUUUAGUUUCUGUUUCUCUCUUGGUAAAAGCUGGGAUUAAAGUAUCUUUUGAUUGUAACAAAAUUGUUAUGAUAAAAAAUGAUGUUUUUGUUGGCAAAGGCUAUUGUAAGAAUGGACGUUAUGUGCUUAGUAUUCCGAAAUUAAUUCGUGAAAAUGCUUCUUAUUUGAUUGAUUCAUAUGAUGUGUGGCAUGCAAGAUUAGGACAUGUGAGUGACUCUUAUAUCAAUUUGUUGCGUGAUCGUGGUUUGAUUUCUAGUGGAAAGAAAUUGACACUGGAAAAAUGUGAUAUUUGUGUUGAAUCAAAACAAACCAAAAAAAUCAUAUCCUACCACACAUAGGGAAUCAGAACUGCUUGAGUUAAUUCACACGGAUUUGGGUGAUUUAAAAAAUACCAUGACAAGAGGUGGUAAUAAAUUUUAUGUCACCUUUAUUGAUGAUUUUUCGAGAUACACUACAGUUUAUUUGCUUAAAAGUAAAGAUGAGGCUUUUGACAAAUUUUUAGUGUAUAAAUCCGAGGUGGAAAAUCAAUUAAAUAAGAAGAUUAAGAGAGUGAGAUCGGAUAGAGGGGGCGAAUAUAUUUUAAUAAAUGAUUUUUGUGAGAGGGAAGGGAUUAUCCAUGAGAUAACUCCCCCGUAUUCGCCCGAAUCCAAUGGAAUAGCUGAAAGAAAAAAUAGGACAUUAAAGGAGAUAUUGAAUGCUCUUUUAAUUAGUUCUGGUGCGCCUGAUAAUCUGUGGGGGGAGGCUAUUCUUUCUGCUUGUCACUUACAAAACAGAAUUCCUUAUAAGCAUAAUAAGAGAACACCCUAUGAAUUGUGGAAAGGUCAUGCGCCUAAUUUGAAAUAUUUGAAAGUGUGGGGGUGUUUGGCUAAAGUCUUAUUGCCUGAUCCUAAGAAGAGGAAAAUUGGUUCUAAGACAUCUGAUUGCAUAUUUAUUGGUUAUGCUGAAUGUAGUGCUGCUUAUAGAUUUCUUGUUUUGAAAAGUGAUGUGCUUAAUUGCAAUACUAUUAUUGAAACAAAAAAUGCUGAAUUUUUUGAGAGUGUGUUUCCUUUAAAGCCAGAAUACAAGACCGUUGUGCCAUAUCGUGAAAGUGAGCCAUUAAAAGAAAAUAAUACUUUUAAUGAUGAACCCUCUAAUUUGAGAAGAAGUAAGAGGCCAAGGAUAGAAAAAUCUUUUGGAAAUGAUUUUUAUACAUAUCUUGUUAAUGAUGAACCUUUUACUUAUUCACAAGCUAUUUCAUCAAAAGAGGCUCCUUUUUGGCUUGAGGCAAUUCAAAAUGAAAUUGAAUCUAUUCAGAAAAAUAAAACUUGGAUUUUAACUGAAUUGCCUAAAGGGUGCAAACCAAUCGGAUGUAAAUGGAUUUUUAAAAAGAAAUUUAAUCCGGAUGGUUCUAUUGACAAAUAUAAAGCGAGGCUUGUGGCAAAAGGUUUUUCUCAAAAACAAGAUGUUGAUUAUUUUGAUACUUUUGCACCGGUAACGAGAAUAUCUUCCAUUAGAACUUUAAUUGCCUUGGCUUCUAUUCACAAACUUCUUAUCCAUCAAAUGGAUGUUAAAACGGCAUUUUUAAAUGGUGAAUUAGAGGAAGAAAUUUAUAUGAUGCAACCGGAGGGUCAUGUAGUUUCUGGACAGGAACACAAAGUGUGUAAGUUGGUCAAAUCUUUAUAUGGUUUGAAACAAGCUCCUAAACAAUGGAAUGAAAAAUUUGAUGAAGUAUUAUUAGCUCAUGGUUUUACCUCACUUGAAGUAGAUAAAUGUGUAUACACUAAAAUAAAAAAUGGUGUGUGCAUUAUUAUUUGCUUGUAUGUGGAUGACAUGCUAAUAUUUAGCAGCAACAUUGAGUUAAUAAAUGAGACAAAAUCAUUUCUUGCUUCAAAAUUUGAUAUGAAAGAUUUGGGUGAAGCAAAACUGCUUUUGGGUAUUAAAGUCAUAAGGAAGGAUGAUGGUAUUAUACUAUCUCAAGAGCACUAUGCUGAAAAACUUCUAAAGAAGUUUGGACAUUUCGAUGUCAAACCUGUGGAAAUCCCUUAUGACUCUAGUACACAUUUGAAAAAGCAUAGAGGUGAUCCUGAGGCUCAAUAUGAAUAUGCACAAAUAAUUGGGAGUUUAUUACACUUGAUGAACUAUACGAGACCCGACAUAGCUUAUGCUGUCGGAAGAUUGAGCCGAUAUACUCAUAACCCAAGUGGGGAUCAUUGGACCGCGUUGAGGCGGUUAUUGAGAUAUUUGAGAGGUACCAUGAAUUAUGGUAUAUUUUAUAGAGGUUUACCCGCUGUACUAGAGGGAUACAGCGAUGCUAACUGGGUCUCUGACUCAGAUGAGAUUAAAUCCAAUACUGGAUAUAUAUUCACCCUUGGAGGUGGUGCUAUUAUGUGGAAAUCAACUAAACAAUCUCUCAUUUCUAGAUCCACUAUGGAGUCCGAGCUAAUAGCUUUGGAAGUGACUAGUAGUGAGGCGGAGUGGUUGAAAAAUUUCUUAGCAGAAAUUCCGGUUGGUACAAAACCAACACCGUCAGUGUCUAUUCUUUGUGAUUGCCAAAGUGCAAUAAAUACUGCUAAGAAAAUGUGUUAUAAUGGGAAGAAUAGACACAUUCGUUUAAGACAUAAAGUCAUUAAACGGUUAUUAAAGAAUGGAAUUAUUUCCAUUAAUUUUGUGAGGUCAGAAGGAAAUUUAGCGGAUCCUUUGACUAAAGCCCUAGGACGAAAAAUGAUAAGUGAAACCUCGAGGGAAAUGGGACUUGUGUCACUUGAUUACAAAUAGGGAUGGUAACCCAACUUGUGUGAUUGGAGAUCCCAUGAAGCAAGUUCAUAUGGGUAAUAACAAGUCUUCUAUUUGUUCUGCUAGCCUUAUUACAAGUCCCUUUAUAUGGUGUGGAAGGCUAGACUGCAUUCGCUGUGAGGCUGAGCUAAAACUCUUAAUGAUUUUCAUAGCCCUUACGGGUGGUGUGUUAAGUGCAGAACACACUUGAUGAGAUCACCUAUAUGAGUGUGAGGUGGGGCCGCCUCCAUGAAGCCUUGACAACGCUUCUAGAGCACUCACGAACACCAGGCACGCGCACGGCCGAAAUGCGCACCACGGCGUUAACGCGAGGAGUUGUGCGGGGUGAGACAUGACCAUUAAGACCCUGAUUUACCAUAGUAGCUUCUUGGUUCAUAGAAACUAUACGUUUCACCAAAAGCUCGGUUUAUAAAGACUUAAUCGUCUCGGUUUGGUUCAUAGUCUACGGACACCAAACUUAAAGUCUCAUUCCUUUAAUCCAGCAAAUUUUGUAAAUGUUUUCCUCAAAAUUUUUAUUUGAAAUAUGUGGGGGAUUGUUGGAAAUAUAUAUAGAGUAUUUCAAAUAAAAACUUUUGAUUUAAUUAGUGUCUAAUUUAAUUAAUGACCGAGCACUUAUUUGACUAACUGGAGUGAACCGUUUUCUAACGUGCAUGUUUGCUAACGGAGUAAUAGAUGGCUGAGCUUCUUUCUCUCCUAUAAUUUUGGAUCAGUAACCAAUUAUUUUUCCAACUCCUUUUCUAUUAAUAAACAAGAAGCUCUGUACUCUAAGAUUACCAUCGAACAAAACUGCUCUUACAAGCUUUUCUCUCCAAAUACUUUACACACAGAAAAUGGGUUCUUUUCAAAGCUUAUGCUGGAUUAUUAAUUUGAUGAUUUCCCUCGUAGUUCUGGUUCCGACUAUUAGUCGAAGGGCUCGUUUAAUCCUGGGGGAAGAUUUCCGUUCACCGGAAAUACUUUCAGAGGACAGCGUUUACGCGACUCGAGCCACGGUGUUUCUUGUUGUUAUGUUUUGCAGGACUUUCUCCGUGUUGGCGACACAAGUGUUUUGAACCUGCAGUAAUAAAAUUAGAACAAAGUGCUGCCAUGGAAGAACUAAAGAAGAUGAUACCCAGGAACCGCCAUGCCGCCGCAAACUGCCGGAGAGGAAGGAUGAAGCUCUUAGCCUGAGUAAUCUCGUGUUUCAGUCGGCCAAACUGGGACAGCCAGGAGCAAGUGAAGAAGUCAAAUUCCCAACACUUACGUGCACGCUUCCUUUGACGACUACUGUGUUCUUGAGAUGCCCUAUAAAUCCGGGCAUGAAGAUUUGAAACUAGGAAGGCGUUUCUCCAUGGCCAUCAUCCUCCCCAAGGAAAAGAGAGGGUUGCUAAAACUAGCCGACAAAAUGAGAGAAAUUCCUCAUCUCAUGUCUCGCAAGAAUAUGCUGAAUAUGGAGUAUAAGACGAUUUCCAUCUUACAGGUUCCGAAGUUUACGCUCUCUUAUUGUUUUCAACCAAUGAAGAUAAUGAAAGAGUUGGGGCUAACAUCUUUCAUGGAUUCUGAAGAUAACCUUAUGGGUAUGGUGGAGGGAAUGUCACUGUUUGUCUCAAGAAUCACACAGCAUAGCCGAAUGGAAUGCAAUGAGACAGGUACAAAAGUGGUGAGUGUUACCGAUGAAUCAGACGAGGAAUUAGGCUUUUGCUUGUACCAUACACCGCCGCCACCAAUAAAAUUUAUAUGAGACGUCCAAACAAAGAAAGUAAAACCGAAAAAGAUGAAAUAGUAUUUAUUUAAAGCAGGAUUUUAAGAAAAUACUAAUACUAAUACUAAUAAUAAUAAAGAGCAAGUCGUCAUCUAGCAAUUUUCAUACUCCAUUUAUAAAAAUAAUACUCCAUAGAAAUUAGAUAACAAGUCCUACUUACAAUGAUUUCUGCAACGAUGGGAGGCUGGUUGAAAGGUUUGAGAGCCAAGUUGAGAAGGCGGGAGAAGAGAAUGGCCACCAUUAUCUGGAGGAGGAACAGAGGAAUUAUGGGUGUCAAUGGAUCAUAAUCGUUGUAGGACCAAAUCGGGUGCCGGUUGUAAGGGGUGGGGGAAAGUCUCGCCCGCCGCCGGAGAUGGAUGCGGUGGCGACUGGUAUAAUAAAGCCAGAGUGUUGACCAUGAAGGCUUCAGACUCCCCUGCUAGUGGCAGUGGAGUCUCCGGUGAAGGGAGACGUUCUAAUCUCGGGACCUUAUUUUCCACCAAAUUAUAUGAGGAUUGAUUCAUUCAUUGGUUUUGAAAUGUCUUUUUUUAUUUAUAAUUUGUGUUGAUUAGAUGCAUCAAUUGGAGCCAUCAAUUCAUCUUUUUUUCUAGCCGAC